CACGAAAAACACUUUUUACAACACUGCAACUGUAAACCCGGCAACUUGCGUGGAGUUCGGGAGGCUCACAUCAAUAACGACCAGAGAAAGAGAAAGAGGGUAAAAGGAAUACAGCCAGAGUAUCGUUCCAUGCAAUCAGCGAUGGAGAGGGGGGUAAAAUUAUUCCUUGUCUUGCGCAUUCCCUUUUGGUUCCAGCUUUUAAUCUUUACUUCUUUAUUUAUCAUCACCAAAACAGAUAUAACUUGCAGAUCAUGUCAGCCUUUGGCUAAGACACAUUCACGGGGAUUAUUAGGGUUGCUAAAGAUGGACAGACAACAAUUUGCAACAGGGUCUGAAAGGGAAGUUAUUAGCCACGGAGAUGGUGAAGCGGGAUAUGAUCCCUCAAGUGAAGAGACUGCCCAGCUUGGUUGUGCCGAAGAGCUCUCUGACUGCGUUUCAAGAAAAGGGAAAAAUAUACAUUUACUUCAGAGACGGAAUACUGGCCAGUUUCAUUUGAAGAAAUCGUUCGACCGGGGACAGACGCACGGGGAGAGAGACUCCACCAUUACCGAUGACAAAGUUUCUAACAUCAGAACAAACGGUCGGAAACAUGCAGAUGGCAGGAAUGCUGUCACAUUUUUUACCCCUGCCACCCGCAACGAAAAUUCCGAUAGUUACAUCCGUCGGAUUCGAAGGAGCAGCCAGAGACUUAGGGAACAAAAUGACCGAGUGAAACCAUCCAGUUCACCCGAAAACGAUGGUUCGCUGACAUUGAGUCACCAGCAAGAGCGCAGCACGUCGCUUGCUGGACAUCGGUUCACUCGGUCUGAAUUAAGAUGGAACAGUGAAGACAGAAGGACGGCCAGCUCUCGGCAGGACGAUUUAAAACUUACCAGUUCCACCUUCGCUUUGACCGGGGAUUCUGCUCACAACCAAGCGAUGGUGCACUGGUCUGGGCAAAACAGCAGCGUGAUUCUUAUGCUGACCAAACUGUUUGACUUUAACCUGGGCAGUGUCACAGAGAGCUCCCUGUGGAGGUCAACAGACUAUGGAACCACUUACGAGAAACUUAACGAGAAAGUGGGAGCGAAAACAGUUCUGAGCUACUUGUAUGUCAGCCCCAAUAACAAGAGAAAGAUCAUGCUCCUGACUGACUCUGAGAUUGAGAGUAGUCUGCUGAUCAGCACUGAUGAAGGCGCCACCUAUCAGAAGUACCGUCUAAAUUUUUACAUCCUGAGCUUGCUGUUUCAUCCUCAACAAGAAGACUGGAUUUUGGCAUAUAGCCACGACCAAAAGCUCUACAGUUCUGUGGAGUUUGGAAGAAGAUGGCAGCUUGUCCACGAGAGGGUGGCUCCUAAUCGAUUUUACUGGUCAAAAAUGGGUUUAGACAAAGAACCAGGCUUGAUUCACCUGGAAACCAGUAUUUCUGAAGGACAGGCUCAAUAUGUCACCUGUAAACUUCAGAACUGCACAGAGUCCAACAAAGGAAAGCCAUUUCCAGGCUACAUUGACCCCAAUUCCCUUGUGGUUCAGGAUGAGUAUGUGUUUGUUCAGGUGUCGACAGGUGGCAGACCAGUCUACUACGUGUCAUACAAACGAGAUGUCUUUGCACCAAUGAAGCUACCAAAGUACACGUUGCCCAAGGACUGGCAUGUAAUCAGCACUGAUGAAAAUCGAGUGGUUGCUGCUGUGCAAGAGUGGAAUCAGAAUGACACCUACAACCUGUAUGUGUCGGAGGCGCGAGGUGUCUUCUUCACUCUGGCCCUGGAGAAUGUCGUGAGCAGCAUGGGACCAGAGGGCAAUGUCAUGGUUGAUCUCUACGAGGUAGCAGGGAUAAAAGGAAUGUUCUUGGCAAACAAAAAGGUUGAUAACCAAGUGAAGACCUAUAUCACUUACAACAAAGGGCGAGACUGGCGCUUGCUCCAGGCUCCUGCUACAGACCUGAGGGGCAAUAGCAUCCAUUGUGUGCUGCCAUACUGUUCCUUGCACCUACACCUGCAUGUAUCGGACAACCCUUACACAUCUGGCAACAUUGCUAGCAAAGACUCAGCCCCAGGGAUUAUUGUGGCCUCAGGUUGCAUUGGAUCAGAGCUGACGACCACUAAUGUCAGUAUGUUCAUAACUUCAGACGCUGGGAACACAUGGAGACAGAUAUUUGAUGAAGAGUAUAGUGUGCUCUAUCUGGACCAAGGUGGUGCACUUGUGGCAAUCAGGCACACACCACAUCCCAUCAGACAUCUUUGGCUCAGCUUUGAUGAGGGCAGACUCUGGAAUAAAUACAGUUUCACCUCCACCCCCCUGUUUGUGGAUGGGGUUCUUGGAGAGCCGGGAGAGGAAACCCUCAUAAUGACUAUCUUUGGUCAUUUCAGCCAUCGCUCUGAGUGGCAACUUGUCAAAAUUGACUUCAGGUCCAUUUUCAAUAGGAGAUGCACUGAAGGAGAUUAUCAAACUUGGCACCUGCACAACCAAGGUGAGCCAUGCAUCAUGGGAGUGAAGAGAAUCUACCAGAAACUCAAACCCAUUGCCAGAUGUGUGAUGGGCAAAGAUUACUCAGUCACAAUGACAUCUGAGCCUUGUGACUGUACAGAGUCAGACUUUGAAUGUGAUUAUGGAUACGAGAGGCAAAGUGACGGGAAGUGUGCACCAGCCUUUUGGUUUGUUCCAUCAUCAAUGUCAAGGAGCUGCACCAUCGGAAACAGUUUCCUCAACAGUACAGGGUACAGGAAGGUUGUGUCCAAUAACUGCACUGGUGGGGUGAUUGAGGAAUACACAGCCAGGAAGCAGCAGUGCCCUAAUCGUGCUCCCAGAGGCCUUCAUCUCGUCACCAGCGAGGGAAAGCUGACAGCCACUCUGGGCAGCAAUGUCACAUUCCUUGUCUUUCUGGAGGAGGGUGAUGGGUCUAGAACAAGCAUCAUGGUGGAUUUUGGAGAUGGAAAUGCCAUAACAUACUCCAACGUGAGCUCAAUCGAAGACGGAAUCAAGCACGUUUACAAAAGUGUGGGGAUUUACAGAGUGUCUGCCAUUGGAGAGAACAGUCUUGGAUCAGACAGCAUGGUCCUCUACCUGCAUGUAACAUGUCAGCUGGAACAUGUUCAUCUUUCUGCUCCCUUUGUGGCUGUGAAGAAUAAAGAAGUCAAUCUUACCGCAGUCCUGUGGCCAAGUCAAGUGGGAACAGUCACCUACAUCUGGUGGUUUGGAAAUAACUCAGAGCCAGUGAUCACCCUGGAGGGAAGUGUUGCAUUUACAUUCUCUCGGGAGGGAAUCAGCACCGUUACAGUACAGGUCUCUGCUGGGAAUACCAUCUUGCAAGACAAGAAAACAAUUGCUGUCCACGAAUAUUUCAGAUCGCAUCUUUUAGCGUUUUCUUCCAAUUUGGAUGACCACAAUCCUGAUGUUGCCGAAUGGCGGCUGGAUGUCAGCAGGGUGAUCAAGAAUUCCAUGGUCCACGCCACAGGUGUCAAUGAAGAUCAGCUCCUAGUUACUGUCCUUCCAGGUUUGCCAACAGCAGCUGAAUUCUUCCUCCUGCCAGAUAAAGAGUUAACAGAGGAAAAACCGGACAGAACUAUGACACAUUUAGAUCAGCUGUCUGAAGUCCUACUCAGCGCCCUUAAUCAAAACCUUGUACAAUUCACUCUUCGUCCUGGGGUUCAAGUCACAGUCUAUGCCGCACAUUUGUCAGCGGCUCCUCUGGUGGACACCAGUGAAAAUCACAGCGGCUCCGCAAUGCUCAUGCUACUGUCUGUAGUGGUUGUGGGUUUAGCAGUCUUUGUCAUCUAUAAGUUCAAAAGGAAGAUCCCAGGCCUCAAUGUCUAUGCGCAGAUGCAGAACGAAAAAGAGCAAGAAAUGAUUAGUCCAGUAAGUCCCACAGAGAGCACCCCAAACACACAGAGGGAACUGGGGACUUCUCUGGACACAGCUCUGGACACACAGGCCAUAGGACGAAUUCAACCUCACAAGAAUAUCAAAUUGUCAACAGAGAUCCCCACAUACGUCAACGUUUAAACUGUGGAGCGCAAACAUUCAAUCCAGUUGUGUUUUGGACUUUCAAACCAUUCAGACACAAAGGUUUUAAGCUUUAUACCUGUGCAUGUUGGACAUUGCUGACACAAACUGUGCUCUGUUGAUACCAGAAUAAACUGUGUACAG